UCGAAAUUCUCUAUCGAUCGUCAACGUCAAAACAAUGACAGACUAAAUUCUCAGUGGAACGUAUGUAGCGAAAAAAAAUAAUAAAAACAGAAUCACGCCAUUCCGAGACGGCAACGCGAGGCCCGAUUGUGAAAUAAAUGAAAUUGGAAUUAGAAAAUGCCAUAGCUUAGAUCAGGCAAUAAAAAAUCGAGAAAUGAAUAAAACUAAACCGAACAAAGGAAAAGACGAACGGAAUAGGAAUAAACAAUACGCCAUCAAUUUAAAUGUGGACGUUGGUGAAAUAAAUCGGAAAUGCACGUGUGAACUGGCAACACCGAAAAUGAAGUAUUUCAACGUGUUCCCAGAGCAAAUAUAUGCUUAUCAUGAAACGAUCAGUUUCACGGAUAUAGGCAUAGGUAGCGUUAAAACAUUACAAAGGAGGAAGGUCAAAAAAGUUUACUUACCAGAAAAAGCAGAGAGGGGGGUCGGGAGCGAAGAUCUACUGUCCAUUACAAAUCGAAAAAACAGACGAAAUGAAAGAGCUCAUCGUCACCAAACAAGUGCAACAUCGAAGCCAGUUCAAGAUGUAUUUAAGGAUAAUAAAAUCUAUUUAGUGCAUGAAAAAUUAUCACCCAUCAAACUCAAGAGAUCAACUACAACAAGCCCUGUAGAAGUCAAAAUAGAAAUGGGCAUAAAUACUGAUGGGAAAGAACUAUUAACGGUUAUGACACAAGUAGAAAACGAGUCACAAAAGAUAGGUGGCGGUAAAAUAGAAAGCCCAAAGAAGAAUUUAGACAAGGUUAAAGGUAAAAAAGUUUCAAAAGAAACUGAAAAGGUGAUGGUCAAGACUGUGUCGUCCGAUUCACUUGUUCAACAUGUGCAUAAUUUGGAGAUUCCUAGUGAUGAGAAACAUAGCAGAACUUCAAUAGAUCCGAUGGAAAAUAAAUUAGAAAGAGAAUACAGGAAAAUAUUCGCAACUAGAUCGAAAGAUAAAAAGCCGAAGAAUGAAAAUCCGAUACCGGAACUCAAAACUGCUUCAGUUUUUCGUCGUAGAUUUGAAGCCUUCAGACGUGGAUUGCUAAAGAAAGAAGAAAUGAAAAAAAAUGACGUUCUAAUUAAAAUAUCAAGUCACAAAAGUGUGAUUAGUCACAAAGAUGUGUCUAUAACUUCCGAUCCUCCAUCUUUAGAGGGCAGGUCAUUCUCAAGUACAAAAGUUUACAGUCCGUUCCGAAUGUACACGGGACCGGAAAAACCUAUUUAUAAAUCCUUUGUGAAUGAAGAAGACCCUGUAGAAAAACAGAAGAAAGCAAGUAUUGAAUGGCCCCCGAUGGCCGAGGAAGAUAGCGAGUAUAACGGAGUCAAAGGGAUGUUUAGAUUGUGGGGCAAGAAGUUUAAUUUUGACGACGAUAAGAAACGAUUGAGUCCAGUUCCCUCAGAUGAUGAAGCUAAAUCGAAAGCGAAUAAAAUGCAGAAAAAUGUUGUUUUAAAAGAAAAAAAAGAAGGACGUAAGUUUUUCUUUUUUAAGAAGAACGCUAAAGAUAAAACAAAGAAACCCUUUCAAACAAAGAAAGGAGUGACUACCGCUCGUUGCGAAAUCAAUGAUGGUUUAGUGAUCAAAAUUGGAGCGAGUGUCCCAACGACAGCGACAGUAAAAUCUGAAGCAUCAGACGAUAUACUAAAAAAACAAUGGCUUUUGAAAUUUCUGAGUCACGACAGAGCCUCAACCAAUAGUGUCAGAGUGAGAUGGAACAAUAAAAUGUACAGAACAAGCAGUAGUACAGUUUUCGAAUUAAUGGACAAUGUUUACAAAGAUCUUACGUUACAUUCUAGAAGUGAAAUAAUUUCCAGCGACUCAUCAUACUGUAAGCCUGACAAAACGCGCGUCAAAUUCGCCCCGCAAGAGGUAGAAGCCUGGAUGGUUGCAAGAACAGUAACCGACCGAAGUAAAGGAAUGCCUAUUGAAAUGAAAAACAGUGCAAAUACAAAUGGAAAAAUCAUUCAAGUCAAUUCUAAAAACAUAAAAGAUAGCAUUGAACGUUUAUGUCACAAUAUAAAAGUCGUUUUGCAUUCGAAAGACAAUGGUAACUUAGAAACAGAUUCCAGUUCAGAAUACGUGAGAAUAGAUAUACCUAAAGCGUUCUUUAUUGAUUCUAGUAGUAAUGACAGUGAGAAACAGCCUUCUAGAGAUGAAGAAGUUUAUAAUGUAGUUGAAUACGACGCGGUUCCGGAGACAACGGUCGCUAAAGAAACAAAUCGAAUCACGGAAACUGGCGACCAUGAAUAUAAUGACGUUCAAAUUAUAGUAAGCGUUAAAGACAGCAAGGAUGUGGAUUCGAAAAUUCUCGAAAGCGUCAUCAAACGACCUGCAGGACAACGCGAUGUUUUAAUACAAGACAGCAAUGAUGAUGUACCGAAAAAAUGCGACGUUAUCGGUGUCGGUAUUAUUACACAAAGAGAUUUGGGGGAAAUGAAAAAACCAAUACUCAAAAUUCGAGAAGAUUUAAGUGGCGAUGAAUCAGAAGAUAAUACGCACAUUUGUUCAAAAAAAUGCGAGCUUGCCGAAACAUAUCUACAACAAUACUGCAGACAUUGGAAUCCAUUAGCCGUAGAUUUGUUUUCGUGGCACAUAAGCGAUACUAAUGUACGGUGCAGUUCCGAAACCUCUAGAGGAAGUGUUCGGAACCAAGGAGAUAGAAACGAGCCAUGUCCAGCUCAUUAUGACGAUUGUCAAACUUCGGCAAAACCAUCUUCAAAAGACGCUUGCUAUCCCUAUCCUCCGUGCAACCAUAGCCCUAUACAGGACGAAGAACCACAACAGGAGAGUUCUUUCACUGAGAAGCUCUUGAAGAAAUUUAGGAAGACGAAAACUGACUCCCAAGACAUACGAUAUUUACCGAAGGAUUCUUUCGAGGUUUACAGGAAGAGGAAACUGUACGCGGCGAGCAACAAAUCGAAGUGGACUUUUUCUAGUUACACAGAUACGCCACCCUGUUCAGAAGACAAAAGACCACAACGUAAAAAUAAAGAGUGUCCGAAAUCGAAAAAGACUUCAUUUCAACAACCAGGAAUACAAAUGAAGAAAAACCAGUGCUCCAAACACGUUUCGAUACCUGACUGUGAGACGAUGAACAAAAUGUUGGCAAAACAAAUGUCAGAGAAGAAACUCGAGAGUAUACUAUCGUUUAAAGGCGGCGCGAAAUGUGAAGUAUGCAAGAAAGAGUUGAAAUGUCCUAAGCACGCCCAAAUUAAAAAACAAGCGUGUGCGAUACCUGAUCCCGUUUGUAAGCCGAAGUGCGAAAAAGAUCCAAACCCACCUUGCUCGUCAGAGUCGUCUAAGUCUGAUAAAGGCUCACCAAGAUCAUUUGAGGCACAACCAACUCAAAAAGAGCUCUUAAGCUCACUACCCUGUAAAAAGCCUUUUCAAUGUUGUACUCCGCCGCCGCCUUGUCAAAGAAAAUGCUUAAACACACCGACCAGCGAAAGUCCCCCACCCCCUUGCGAAAUUCCUCCAUGUAAGCCAGCAUAUGAGACACCACCUUGCUCACCCCCUUCACCACGACGUAAAUCACCGCAAAAGAAAAAGAAGCAGAGAAUGGCGCUUAAGAAAUUGUGUCCGGUCCGUGCUCCAUGUGGGAAACCUUGUUGCUCUAAUUCGUCUUGUCGAAGCCGCAGUCUUUCCCCAAAACCACAGCCUAUGACGCCGCCUUGUUGUAAGAAGCCUUCAGUAACAAAACUAAUGCCGAUGUGUAUACAUUUUCCACCUUGUCGCAAAAGUCAGUCCAUUCAAAUAUCUCCGCAAAGGUGUUCCGCAAAAAAUUCCCCAAUCAACACACCGCCGCAGAGUCCACCGAAUAAAAGAAAAGGACAAACGUGCCACGUUCCGCCGUGUUCUUUGAUAAAGGAAGAAGAAAAAAAGCCCCAGUCGCAGCUGCCGGCUCCGCGAUGCAAUACACCCCCAUGUAGGAAGCCUUCGCCACCGCCUCCGCCAAAAUCAAAAUGCACGGAUCAGUAUCCGUGGCCGACGAAAAACCAAAUCUCAAACCAGCCUUCAUUGGAAUCUAUGGCAUGCCCACCGAAAAAAUCACCGCCAAACAAAUGCAUGAAAAACUGUCCACUCUCUUCCAACUUUUCAGACCAAGCAAUAAAGAAGGUUAAAAGUGAGAAAGAAUGUAAGCCCGAUUGUCAGAGUAGACCUAAAACACCUCCCUGCCCCCCGUCCCCUCCGGUUUGUCAGCCUAAAGCAUCCAAAAACGCAUUCAAUCACUCAAAAAUGUCAGGAGUCCAUCUAAAAAUGAAACCAUCCGAAAAGAAAACUUGUUCUGAAGAAUGCUUGGCUUGGAAAGACGAAGAACAACAAAAAGUAAUCAGAUUGAAUUCUAGAGAGAGGAUUAACAUACGAAUCAAACAGCAGACGCCCAGUACUGAAGAAAUUAGAGAAUGCAUGGGUAUUAAAGUGAAAGAUGAAGAUGGGGAUACGUUAUACGAGAGAAAAAAUUACAGAAAAAAUUGCCUGAAAGAAUCUCUACUAGGAGACAUGUAUCGUACCUCUAAUAUUAACAGACUAUCUACACCCACUUCCCUGAAGAACCUACAAGAAAACGAAGCUGGCAGCAACAGGAAUGACAAAGAGAAAAAAAGCGAUAUGAGUGUCGCGAAUUUGGUCGAAAUUACUUUUAAAUUACGCGUCACGCAGGGCGAGAAGGUAACGGAGAUAAAUGUAGGCAAAGAAAGCGAUAAUAAAAAAAUUAAAAAGGUUAAUAAUGAGAUAUGCCAGGCUCCACAGGAAGUUUAUAUGGUGAAUAAGGAAUCAGAGACAAACAAGGAAAGUGGUCCACCGAACGACGUUAAUGUUCGUAUUGUUAUUAAAAAUAUUAAGCCCAAAUCUAUAGUUAAGAAAAUGGAAAAUUAUCAAAAGGAGUUUUCUAAAAACAUAUCAGAGAAAUUCCACAACGUUUCCACUUGUUACAGUGGUCUGAGUACUGAGCGAAAUCCCGAAAAUGUAUACUCUAUACAUCGGACCACAAUAGAUUUAACUUCUUCGAAUGAAAAAUCAAAAGCAAGCAAUCACAGUAAUUACGCCGAAAGUGUGAAAAUAACAGAAUUAGACACGGAAGAUGUUGCAAAAAAAUUAAGCAGUAAACGUAUUUUAAAAGAGUCGGAAGAAAAAAAUGAAUCUCUUAAUAUGUCCAGAGACAACAGUUCUUGUUUCGUUACGAAUGAAAAAAUAACAAUUGAACACAUAAAAAAUCAAUCUAUUCCAGAAACUAGUUCGGACAGUAGUUUUGUAUUAUUAAGAAGGCCGUGUAGCAGGCGAGAACAAAAAGAUAUGCUAAAAGAAGUACUCAAAAAGGCUAAUGAAACAGAAUUAAGUGACAAAAUUAAAAUAAAACAACUCAAAGAUAUGCUGCAAGUCAUAUUGUCUGACAGUCAACAACACAAAAUGGCCGUUACUGACAACGAACUGGCCAAAGACGUGACAUUGGCGUCACUACCGCAUUACAUAAAUGGCUCUGAAAGCGAAAGCAAUAAUUUUAACAAUUCUAUUUUUGAUAGCAUCAACGAAUAUCCUGUUAAUACAAACUAUAAACCUAGUUGCGAACUAGGCGAAUCAAGUUGUAUGUGCAGUAAGCUGGCAGAGAAAUUGAAACUAUGUAGACCGGGAGACGGUGAUUGCUGUUGUUGCAGCAAGAAAGUGAAAAACAAAGAAACUAGUUGCAGCAUUAGCAACGACAGUAACGUAUUACUAUUUAAUUACAUGACAGAAGAGCUCAAAAUCGAAACGCCGGUAUCAAAACACUUUUCCAAACUAGACAGCACCAGCUUCUUGUUUGGCAGUAACAGAUCAGCUAAAGCAGUUCUAAACGAAGGCGCUACGAACGGUGUCACGAACGUGACGGAAAAAACGAAUUCGACAAGUCGUCACAGCAAAAGACAUAGUUCCAAUGAGACUUUUGAAUAUAAUUUUCACGGAGGACAAAUUGAUGAUUUCAGAAGAACGGACGCUAACAAGUCUAAUGUUCGAUACGAUGCAAUUGAAACAGCAAGGGUUCUUCAAUCGUACGAAAUGAAGAAGGCGGUCUUGCGUAUGUACACGAAAGAAUCACUUGCAGAUACUGAUUGUUUGAUAGCGAAGCUUCCUAAAUUUUCAGUUGACAAAGAGAACGAAAUACACAAAUACGGACGCAUGGUAACCGAGAACUAUCGGAAGCAGAAUUUAAUUACGCUUUCUAUUCAGCAUUGAAGUGUUUGUUAUUUGCAGUUUGUAGUUUUUAUUUUUUAUUUUUUUGUACUUUUUGUGUUCUUUUUUCUUCUUUUCUUUCUUUUGUAUAUCCAUAAUGUAUUCAAUUAAAACGUCGUUUACUUGUGGUCUGUUUCA